UGGACCAAGUGGCUAAAAUUACAAAUCUAGUUUCCAUUCUCGGCGUCGGCUGCUUCUUCAUAACGUCACCGUUUUUGGUAAACUCAAUCUACUCCAUUCCGUCUCACCGGAAUCCUCUCGCUUUUUUUUUUGUCUCCCGUCUCCUCCGACGUUCUCCAAGCUUCAGCUGUUCCUCCUCCCAACAUUUAUCUGCUCGCCUUACCCGGAAAACUACAGAGUGUAAACCUAGAUGGUUUCGUUUUGUUAAGACUCGCUCUACUCUUUUUUUCCGAUUCACAUGGUAAGGACAUUGGGGUAGAGAAUACUACUAAUAAGCAAUGGGAGAUGGGAGUUCCACUAGAUCCAACAGCUCAAACAGCAGUAGUGAGAAACCAGAGUGGCUGCAACAGUACAAUCUCGUUGGUAAGAUUGGUGAAGGAACCUAUGGUCUUGUUUUCUUGGCUAGAACCAAGACUCCGCCUAAAAGACCAAUUGCUAUCAAGAAGUUUAAGCAGUCAAAAGACGGAGAUGGAGUUUCCCCAACUGCUAUCCGCGAGAUCAUGUUGCUCAGAGAGAUUUCCCAUGAGAACGUCGUGAAGCUUGUGAAUGUCCACAUCAAUUUUGCAGACAUGUCUCUAUAUCUUGCCUUUGAUUAUGCCGAGUACGAUCUCUACGAAAUCAUCAGGCACCACAGAGACAAAGUCAGCCAUUCGAUAAACACAUACACAGUUAAGUCUUUGCUCUGGCAGCUUCUCAACGGGUUGAACUAUCUUCACAGUAAUUGGAUUAUACACAGAGAUUUGAAACCGUCGAAUAUCUUGGUUAUGGGAGAUGGAGAAGAACACGGAAUAGUGAAAAUAGCUGACUUCGGGCUUGCAAGGAUAUAUCAAGCUCCGUUGAAAGCGCUAUCGGAUAACGGAGUUGUGGUCACAAUCUGGUACAGAGCACCGGAGCUGCUUCUUGGCUCGAAGCACUAUACAAGCGCCGUAGAUAUGUGGGCUGUUGGAUGUAUAUUCGCGGAGUUACUUACUCUCAAACCGUUAUUCCAAGGAGCAGAAGCGAAGUCAGCUCAAACCCCUUUCCAGUUAGAUCAACUCGACAAGAUAUUUAAGAUCUUAGGCCACCCGACGAUGGAUAAAUGGCCAACGCUAGUUAACCUCCCACACUGGCAUAACGAUGUUCAACACAUUCAAGCUCACAAAUACGACAGCGUUGGUCUCCACAACGUGGUUCACCUGAAUCAGAAAAGUCCUGCGUAUGAUCUCAGGUUACGCACCUCCUAACAAAACCAGACGCCUCUAAUGAUUUUUAUAAGGUGAAGUCGAUAUCAUCAUACUCGGGUGGGUUAGAUUCUGUGUGUUUGCUGCAGAAGAAAGCGUUGCUAUUUGCUUUAUAGAGUAGAGUUAGACUGUAAUGCAGCAUGUGGUGUGUUGCUAUAUUCAUAUGGAUGGAUUGGAUUCUGUAGUUUCUGUAAAAACAUAUCCUCUCAAGUGUUUGUUAAUUAGAGCAUCAUUUCAUUUCUCUUAA